GCCCAGGCCCGGCCCAGCCCUGACGACAACAGCACCAGUAAUUAUCGAAAGGGGAAAUCAGCCACCAGCAUCCACAACAAGCAGCCUAGAUCAGUGAGCAAAGAAAAAAUAUGGACAGGGCAAGAAUUAUAGAAACGGCAUCGAAAGAGCGGCCGCGCUCUCGUAUCAUGGAUCGCAAGAUCCUCCCAAGCGGGUUCUCUGUUUUCAAUCCAGGCGGGGGCAGCGGAGGUAUCCGUUUCAAAUCCCAGACUGCCUGUUUCUUCUCUCCGUCUUCAGAGAUGACAUCGGCGACACAGCAACAACAGUCGCGUACUGGACGGAGCGUACAGGAGAUUGUGCGCUGGAUGGAAAAGGCCGAGAAUGCCGUAACCAUCACUGCCGGUGUAGCUGCGCCGCCUGUUUCUGAGCAUCAGUCUUCCAAUCAGUUGAAAGUCGCUCGCAAGCCAGCUACUCCAUCCACGACGGCGGCGAGCUCCCGUUGCACCAACCUCACGCCCUCGAGAGAGCUGUUGAUAGCAGCAGCCGCUUCUAGCAGUGAGCGUGGAGAGAAGCUAAAGGAUACUUCUACCACUUCCGAGUAUACGCCGCUCACAAUGCUCGAAUACAGAGCUUACAUGAACAAUAGGCCGCUGGGAAGGUGUCUCGACGAUUAUGCGGGCGUGGGCGAUCUUCUUCUCUUCGAUGAUGAUGCGGCUACUGUCAAGGCGUUGGCUGGUGAUUCAUCGCCAGAUAGCAGCUCAUGCCAACAGUUCAAGAAGCUAGCGACACUUGCUCGGGGCAACCAUGACAGCGAUGCUGAGCCCGAAAAGAUCAAAGACAAACUGGAUAUCAUCAAGAAAGGCUGUCCGCCUCGGGGAACGUCCGGCGAUGCCGUCUUUGCAUUGGACAAGGCUGGUUUUUCCGAGUCGCAACCAGUCGAUAUGGCCAUGCAACUACCAAUAAUGCCGGCCGAAGCGCAGGCAACGCCCUCCAAGGGACAGCCGUCCAGCCCCAAAGAGUCUGGAAACAAGGCAAAAGAAUCGUGUACCGGAUCAUCCAGCGUCAACGGCCAAAGGAACACCAGCUGCAAUACAGCCCGUACUUUUCAUCUCAUACACGAGCCCGAGAAGACCGGCGCCUUGCCGUUCAAAAGCAUAGAAAAGCAUAUGAACAAGCUGCGCACGCCAUCAAGAUUACAUGUCGGACCCGAAACCGGCGCCCAUGGUACUGGCGGUUCUACGAAUAAUCAGCACACUCCAAAAGGUUCACGACGUUCGGACGAAAGACAUGGGGGUACGAGGGGCAGUCUCGAAACCACGAUGAGAAGCAGAGACAGCCACAGCCUAGAAGAAUACCAGGCUGGACGACGACAGCAGAAGCCGGCGCAGCCCGCCACAUCGACCGCGAUGACCGCGAUGAUAACCAUACCACCCCCGGUCCCGACAGAAAGCCCCUAUCCCCCUCCCUCUACACAGUCUCAACCAUACCCGCAGCGCUGGCGAACCGUCUCCGACGAGAUGUCGCAGUACGCCUGGCAGCGCAAGCUGGAGCAGGAGCGGGAGAAGAAGGCAGCUGCCGAGAGGUGCAAGCGGUGCGGGAGCAGCAGCGCCGCGGCCGCAGUAGCAAGUCCUACCACUUCCACAUGCCAGUACUCGAGGACGCCGCUGCGACGCCACAAAUCGUCCAUCGCGUCCGCGAGGUCGGCCAAGUCGGUCGAAGAGAAGCUAAGCGAGCUGAAUGCGUAUCUCGGCGGCCUGGAAAGCGAGGGCGAAGAGGAUGGAACCCGAAUUUAGUCAGUCGCUGCG